UUCUCUUUCUCUAUAGGUUGCUGCUGUUUUGAUCCCACAAGAUGAGUCGAAAAUGAUGGUUACUAAAUCAUUAUCAAUUAUCAAAGGUGGGCCAAUAAUUAUAACGAUGCAGAGCAACUUAUUUAUUUAGUUAUUAUUUUAUUAUUUAUUUAUUUAUUUCCAUCGUAGAGUGGAAUCCAGCUGUAAAACCCAAAUACGCGAUGGUUGAUUACGACACUUCAGAAAUCUUGAGUUUGCAAGAUGUUUUUCCAGAUAUAGAAGUUUUCUUAUGUGACUUCCAUCGAGAACAGGCGUGGACAAGGUUUUUUUUCUUAUUUUAUUUUAUAACGUUUGUGCAUACGAUCACUGUAUCUAUAUCUGUACGUGAACCCAUGGGACAUCAGUUAUCCUCCACUUGAGUGAUCUUUGAUUUUUGUGCUACACACUUUAUUAUACCUAUUGACAUUCUAGGUGGACGAACAAAUCUGACAAUUGUGUGUCGAACAUAGCUGGGGAUGUGAAAGCGAGGAUAAGACGUAUUGCGAAUUCAAUUUCUAUGCAAGAAAUGAACGACGCUGUCGAAGAUUUGAAAAAAUGGGAAUUGUAUAGCGGAAAAUUGAAGAAAUGGUUCGAAGGGACCUGGUUACCAGAAAUCAAAAGGUGGGCACUCGCAUUUCGCCCAGAUGACCUUAUGUUGUGUAAUACAAAUAAUGGUACUGAGAGGUUGAAUGAAGACAUCAAGUAUGACGAACUUGAAGGAUAUCGUUCUUGUACAUUGAGCGAGCUGUUGAAGAUAAUUGUGGAGAGCUUUCUACCCAAACUUUACGAUAAAUACGUCGAGAUGAAUGUCAAAUACACCUCUGGGUAUAAAAAGUAUCAAUCAAGUAUUCCACCAUUUUUACACGAUCGCCCAAGAUGGUUUGUUCGUGAUAUUCUUGACAAGCGUGACAAAGUAACAACAACUAUGGUUGAUUCAGUUGGAGUAGGUCUCGGUCAUACAUUCAAUGUUAAAGGAGAAAAUGUUUACUACUACGUGAACUUUGGAUCCGAUGAAAAGAUCUGUAGUUGUACAUGUCGCCACUUCAAAAGACAUCGGACUCUUUGCAAGCACUUCUUCGCUGUUUUGAAAACUGGACUUCUACACUUUAACUGCAUAACGCCGAUGUAUCGAUCUCAUCCUUAUGUGACAUUGGACUAUGAUCUUUUUGGCGCAAAUGACCAAGCUGAAAACGAUAAUGACGUAACUGAUAAUUUGCCAAUAACGAACACAGACUUAUUUCAACCAGACACCAGUGAUGUUACAGAUGACGAUUUUGCAGAUGACGAAAGUGGCGCUACUUGUUUGAACAAGAAAGUAGACGUUGAAUACAAAUCGCUUUCUCUCAGGAGUUCCACAUUUAAUCGAAAACGUGGUAACUUAGUGGCGCUCAUCAAAGUGUUUAAUGAACAGUGCUACACGAUUUCAGAAACUCCUGCUAGUGAUGCAUUUCUUGACGAGCUGACCAAUGAUGUGAAGUUUCUGAUAACAAAAACGUCGGAAUAUUUAGAAGAGGUUCAUGGUGAUGGCCUUACUGAACGACCUUCACCAAAAAAGCGUCGACAUACCACAUCUAAAUCAACAUCCCAAUAUGAACCAUUACCGAAACAAAAAACAUUAAAACAUCCAUAUACUGGUAGAGUCGGUAGCACUGCGGAAAUGAUGAGACAGUAUUACAGGGCACGCAUUUCCCUGACAGAAAUUGAACAGUCAAAAGCAAACGAUCCGAGAAAGAGAAAAGAAGAAUCUUUUCCACCAACUUCGUCAGAACUUACUGUCGCUGAAGAGGUGGAAGUUGUAACUACAGAGAGAACUCACGAUCUUGCUGAUACCGCACAUGAUGACACUCUCGAUCAAGGUGGUGACGACAAUGAAGUUUCCAUCAUUGAUGAAAUCCUCCAUCCAGACUUACCACCAAGACCAUACAAUGGUGUGUUAGACGAUACGAUGCGCAAGGAAGUCAUGAAUGGAGAACGGCUGACACAUGCAACAAUAAAUUUUGCUCAGAGUAUUUUGAAGAAGCAGAGUGGUGUAGAUGGAUUCGAAGAUACGGGACUCAGUUACACCUGUCAUUCAAGAUUUCCGAAUCAAUUUGUACAGAUUUUUUUUAUAAAAGAGCGAAAUCAUUGGGUGACAGGAAAAAGAAAGUCGCAAGACGAAAUUUACUUGUACGAUUCGCUCAGUGUGUAUAACAAAGAGCUUGAACGAAACACGUUGAAAAAAAUCGCUAGAAUGAUGUAUUGCCACGAUGACGCCAUAAAGAUCACUAACGCGUCAGUACAACAACAAGAAAAUGAUAUUGAUUGCGGUCUAUUUGCCAUUGCGUUCGCUGUCGAAGAAUCCUUCGGUAGAAGUCCACAAUCGAUAUCUUUUGACACUAAACAGAUGAGACCACACCUACUAAAGUGUUUAGAAUCAGCAACCUUCAGCUUUUUCCCAAAAUCAACAAAGAGAAAACGUUUCUGUAGACCUUUUGCGAAGACACAUUCGAUUUACUGCAUAUGUAGAGAUAUUUUCUUUGAUAGAGAUGUUGAAGAAGAUAAAAAUUUGUUCAUGGCCAUGUGCGGUGAAUGCAAAGAAUGGUUUCAUCGUCGCUGUGCGAAAAUUCCAGCAAAAGUUUUUGCUAGCGACGAUGAGCAUAAAAAAUGGAGAUGCUUGGCAUAUUUAGAGUUUUUCUUAUCAACAACAAACCAUGACACAACACACCUAAUUUCCUCCUUUUCCAUGAUAAAUAUUCCCGUACGGAGGAAACACAAGGGACCUCUAACAAGUUGGAUAGAUGAUGAAGAGGAGAAUUUUUCUGUUUUACUAAAAUUCUUAAAAGAAGGGAAAAAGAAUGAAAGUUACAAAAUGAGUAAUGGCAAAUUGUUGAAUCUGGUAGCUGCAGUCUCUCUGACAGAGGAAAAGAACCUAACAGAUUAUGGAAAACUGCAUUAUUGA